AUGGACGCGCAAAAUGCUGUCGACGCCGCCUCCAGGAAGCCACCAGCUUCUCCAGAGAAGGGUCCAGCAGAGCACACUAAACAAACAGGAAAUCAUACUCCGAAAGUACCAUUAAGCCAGAAAGCACCAGCUGAAUUCAACUCUUCGCCACCAGUCAGGGAUUCGAAGGCGAACAACCACGACGACGAUGGCGGCGCUGAUGCAAAUUCCGAGGCCGAGACCAUAGUGCUGCCAGGCAAGGACGGCCAGCACUCGCCAUCCAAGACGCGCAAGUUGAUCAAACAUGAAGCCAAGAGCGACGCGGAGGAGAGCGCGACGACGACGAUCCCAUCUCGCAAGUCCCAUAGCGUGUCCAAGGAUCCCUGCGAGGCCGAAGACAAACUCAGCAGCAAAAAUGCGCAAUCCAAGGACAGUGCUCCAUCGGACACGGCCAUGAUGAAAAAGAAGCGUCCACACGGUGCUUCUGACACGCCGAGAAGCAAAGGCGAUGCUAACAGCAACGGUCUUGGCUCCGUCUCUAACUCACCGCCACCUGCAGCUUCGUCUUCAGUUCGCUCUCAUCUUUCACAGCAACCUCGCCGACGUCGCCUGUCCACGGCCCAGUCUGCGCCUUCCGACUCCGAGUCGAUGCGAGGGAACUCCCCAAAGUCAACAGUCAGUCAUAAAGACAAGGUUAAUCCCGCAGACAAACUGCUUGGGCACAAGAGAAAAGCCCCCAAAGCCGAGUCUGAGGACGAAGCUGAAGCCCGCAAAGCUCGACGCCAGCGUACUGGGAUCAUUGACAAGGACAAUGGUCACACCAGGCGUCUUGACCGUGAACACAGCGCCGGCAAUCACAACUCAAACCACGGUCCUGUGAAGUCAGCGAGACCGCAUCAUGAAACUUAUCCAAACCCGCGCGUUAGAUCUGUCUCACCAGCAAGUCGCACGCAUCGACGUAGCAUUUCGACCCAGCUAUCAGGCCAAUCCUCUACGGGACCCAGCCACAAAAAGAAAAGAAUACCGGCCCCUCUUCAGCCAACAGAGUAUCACUCAGAUGAUUCAUCCCCAGCAGGAAGCCCUCGGUUUCGUGCCUCUAAACUCCGGAGGCUGGCGACACCUGCCACCGCCGAAGUGGCCAUCUCGCCUGCCAAGGCACAUCAUCGCAAGGGCCAUCUCGAUGCUCAUGGACAAACUCAGCUUGCUCGGGCUUGUGCCAAAGGUGACUACGAGUCUACCAAGCAGAGACUGAAAGAGCGCCCGGAGGACCUUAAUGUUGCAGACUUUGCGGGUAAUACGCCGCUUCAGAUCGCGUCGCUUAAUGGGUUUGACUCGAUUGUCAAACUGCUUAUCGAUGCAGGCUGUCAGUUAGACUGCGUUAAUAAUGACAAGGACACGCCGCUUCUUGAUGCCGUUGAGAACGGACAUGCGAAAGUUGUAAAGCUUUUGCUGGAGGCAGGUCUGAAUCCUCGUAAAGCAAACCUGAAUGGCGAGGAGCCGCUUGAUUUGGUCGACGAUGACGACGAAGAGACAAGGAGGCUUCUGGUGGAGGCGAGGCAGAAAAUGAGCGACCGCCGUAGGGCUUCUGAGGAGCAUCAGCCAAGACAGACUGACGGUCGAGAUUCACACGGACCCGAGAGCCCGCGACACUCCCCAGCCACCACUAUACCGCCUGGAGCUUCUGCUGGUAGAAGGACGGGUACAGUGCGCGCCAACAAGACAAGCAACCAUUUGCUUUACAUGCCAAUGGACGAGAAGACGUUGCGUCAAGCCGCUGGUCGCGGUGAUGAAGAGACCGUAAUGAGGAUCCUGCAAGUUCGUGUCCCUUCUGACGACCCGGAGGCCAUGGUAGCUGCCGCGCGCGGGGGUCAUGAUAUUAUUAUGAAUCUCCUCCUAGCGCUCGGCAACUGCAACCCAGAUCCAGCACCAGUAAACUCCAUGUCGCCUGACUCGGCCACGCCCAUGCUUGCCGCAAUUGGUCAGGAAAACAUUGCGGUAGUUGAGCUUCUUCUGGGCCAGGCUGGCAAAUUUGACCCGACUCGUCGGUUCAAAGGGGAGACGUAUUUCGAAAUCGCAAAAAGGCGACAGGGACCACACUGGGAGGACGAGUAUCGCGUUCUUAAAAAAGCCUACGAUGAGCACAGGAGGUUGCACAAGGAUUCUGCGAAAACGACAGGGCGCGAUUUUGAAAAGGAGCAAAAGCGGGCAGCGCAGUCGGACUCAAAAGACGAACAGACUUCCAAGAUACAUAAGCGCAAGAUGUCCAGCCCUACGGGUGAGCCGAAAAAGACAGCAACUGCCAAGUUGCCUAGCAGCCCCAAGGAAAAGCGAAGGUUAGAAUCAGCCGUGGCGCACCGCGAUCGCGAAGACCCUCUAUCGCCGAAACGGGGCCCUGGGCGACCGAGGAAGGAUGAUCGGCUACCCACAAUAUCCGUCAGCGACCGCGAUCCUUCACCGGCAAUGUCGAAGCACUCCAUAAAGCCGAAGCGAGCCGAGGCCGACAAUGCGGCCAUUUCAUCAGAAGGCGAGGCAGUGAAGCCGAGGAGGAAGUUGGUGUCGGGCAAGGACUUGAAGGGCGAGAGGGAGAAACAAAGGCGCGCUAGUAUGGUGUCAACAGCAUCUUCACUGAAAGAACCCUCGAGCCCGCGGGACAGAGACGAUAUCACGGAGAAGCCCAGAUCAGAGAAGUUUGUUGACAGGGCCAAACAGCUCAAGAGGGACGAGUCUCGUGACCGUCUCUCAGUUUCCAGUGAAGGAUCAGCAAAACGCCAUCGUUCUAGUGCCACACCUCCACGGGCAUCUUCCGACAAGGAUGGUGGCGACGGACCUGUAAAGAGACGGAAGCUUGAUGUAGAAGGUCUGAAGGAAAAGAAGAAAGCAGCUUCAUCAGAAGAUCGCCCCAACAAGGGAACGGCCUCCAAAGAUUCUUCGGCGAAGAUUCGCAGGGAUCACGACAACGAAGAGCGCAGGGAGUCAACCAAGGCCAAGAAGUCUGAUUCAAAGCCUGACCCAACCCCAGCUGAUCGCGAACGUAAGGACUCGGGCAAGAACCAACCAGCAAGCCUGGAUAAAAAUGUCAUCGUCAAGAACGAGGAUACCGAUGUGGAGAUGCGUGAUGUUGGAUCAAUUAUCCCCGCAUCUAAUGCGCCCCCGGAGCCUGAGAAGACUGAAGGGAAGACCAAGACCCAGGCUGAAAUCGAGGCGGAAGAGGAGGCAGAGGCUAGACGAUUAGAGGAGGAGGAAGAUAUGAGGAUAGCGGAAGAAGAGAAGCGCAAGCAACGCGAAGAGCGCGAGCGCCGCGGCCGUGAGGAAGAGCAAAAAAGAAAGCGCGAAGCAGAGGAGGCCGAAAAGAGACGCAAAGCGGAACAAGAAGAACAAGAACGGCGGCGGAAAGAGGAAGAGGAAAGGAAACGCAAGGCCGAAGAGGAGAGAAAGCGAAAGGAGGCAGAAGCCGAGGAGCUGAGGAAACGAAAGGAGGAGGAAGAACGAAAGCGGAAGGAGGAAGAGGAGCAAAAGCGUAAAGCCGAGGAGGAGGCCAAACGUAUUCGCGAGGCUGAGGAGGCCAGGCUGCGGGCUGAGGAAGAGGAGAGGAAGAAGCGUGAAGAGGAGGAGCGGCUUCGCAAAGAGCAGCUCGAGAGGGAGGCUGCUGAGGCUGCGCGCAAGAAACGAGAGGAGGAGGAGGAACGCAAGGAACAGGAACGUCUGCGAGAAGCUGAGCGGCGACGAGCACUUAGGGAAGCCGAAGCCAGACGGCUGUUUCUCGAGGCAGAGGCGGUACGUCUCGGUAAACUACCGCCUUUGCUGCGGUGGCUCGAUACUUGUGCACAACCAAAGGCUACGGAGAUAGCCAAAAAGUUCAGCAUGAUGCAAGGUGUCCGGUAUGAUUGCAUUUGCCCAGAGGCCACGGGCAAGCCAGAGGGACGGGAGCAGUGGCUGCUGAACACACAGGUUGCGCUGCUCCUCGGCGAGAAGGAUCUGGAGCUUUCGAGAUACACAGCUUGGGAGCGGGUGCCCGUGUCUCGGAUAGCUAAGAUUGUCAUCUGGCGCGUGGAGGCCGAUCGAUAUUCUCUGACGAGUCCCAACCUCUACGAUCUGGGGAGACGAUUGCCAAGCUACUAUGGUAACGAGAAUCUCGACAAACUGAGCUACAAGACCAUCGAGAAGCUGCGAAACGAAGCUCGACAAAAGUUCCUGGAUAUGGACUUGUUCUUUGUCAAGGCCUCCGAUUUAAUGUUUAUCAUCCCCACCAUCCCACACCUCCGCAACGUUAAGCUCAGUAUGGCGUACCGGGAACUGCCAGAGGACGAGUCACUCAAGUUGCAACCACUCCACAAGUGGAAGACCGACCCGGAUGCAAACCGGAAUCAUGGGUUUGCGCCCGGCAACAAGUACUACAUGAAUGGCGCCUUGGUACAUGAGAAGACGGCUGGGCUCAGCACCGUCAGCAAGACUCCAUUCCCCGAGAACCGUACCCCUAGGCGAGGAUUGGUGGCCGUGACUCCAGAUGACCCCGAAUAUGCGAAGAUGUGCAUGGAGCAAGGGCUAGGACAUCUGGUCAAUGGACACAGCGGAUCCGCAUCCCCUGGUAUGCCUAACGGUACUUCGCCUUCGCCGCGUACGAUAGUCCGGCGUCCAUCCACGUCGCAAGCGCAAACGAACGGCAUAGAAACACAACCUACAUCCCCGGUCAUGAAUGGAACCGGUCGCCAUCGACUACCCUCCGGUGCACCGCCGUACAAUUCCACCACAACGACGACGGCAGCGACAAACCCCCUCAACGGCACAACUACCGAGUCAGAUAAAAAGGGCCUCCCGCCAGUGGUCAACGGUAUCAACGGUAUUACCACUACGAACGGCGACUCUACGCCUGGCAACGCCACAACAUGA